AUGCGCUCCAGUCUUGCAUACCUUCUCAUUGGGCUCCUCGCUGUUGUGCGCGCGGCACCCUUCGAUCUCACUACCAGCGAUGUGAGCUUUGAGACCCGUGGAGAUCUUUCGACGGAGGUGCAGGAGGAGUUACACCCCGGCUCUCACAAUGGUCCUGCGUACUCGCAAAUCCAUAUCAUGUUCGAUUGGUCAAAACAACAUGGUCCAGAAACCAAAUCAGUACCACAAGGAGUAGCAGACCGCUUGAAAGAUUACUUCCGCACGAUGAAACCUCCCCUUCCUGCCGUCGAGUACACACUCACAUUUGAUCACGGUGCCAAAGUUUGGUCCUAUGACAACGAUUUUGAAGCAUUCGAUUUCUACUGGUGGGCCGAAGGCCACACGUUUAAGUGGACUCGGGCUCACCUUCCCGAACAAAAGAGAAUUGGGAGCAAAUUGGAAGAUCAGGUUGAGGGCGGCGAGAAGUCCAUCAGUUUUCGGAAUCCUUAG